AGCAUGGUGGGUUCCGGCAGAUGUGCGGGACUGAUAACGGUAGUCAGCGGGCUCCUGCUGCUCCCAACCCUGGCGAGACGGGGAGGACCACCCGGGAGACCCGGCAGACCAACCACUCCAGCGUCGGGACCCUGUCGUCCAGGGGCGUUCUUCUAUGGCAACCGUUGCUAUGACGUGAGUGAGAAAGAUGUGCAGGAGGAUUACGACACUGCCGUGGAGCGGUGCUCUGCCCUGGGCCCGGGCGGGAAACUCGCCGUUUUGAAGGACGCUAAGACCAUGGACGGACUCGCCAACAUCUUUUCUGACUGCCGAAUUCCGCCAGGCUUAAUUAACUUCUGGAUCGGACUGAGAAGGAAACCUUCCGGAACAGCUGACCGCCGCUUCCAUUUCGCGGACGGCACCCCUCUGGGAUCGUUCAGUCGGUGGAUGCCCGGUCAGGACCCAGCCGAGGACGAGAGGGACUGUGUGGCUGUACUGCACAGUAGCGGCAACGUCAAACCGAAAUGGAAAAGAUUUAAAUGCAACAAAAACUUGCGCUACAUCUGCCAGUCAGAGACGAACGUUCAUCAAAGUAGUGAAGAAAGCACAGCAAGCAAAAGUCUCACGACAGAGAUCACCACACAAGGCCCUCAGGGUAUUGCAGUCAGCACCACCGGGCACAUGUACACGUACUCCACCGACGGUCCACCACGUGAGCCCGCUAAACACAAUGCGGGGACGUCCACCGCACCUCUCGAGCCACUCACCGCGAAACACAGGGCCGGGCGCCGGAAAGAGGAGAAGAAAUCCUCGGUGAACCUGUGGCUGCUCCUCCCUGGGCUACAGAUCACCGGCAUGCUGAUUCUGAUGGUGUGGGGCACGGUGUACGCUUGGAAACUCACGGAGGGAGGCACCAGGCCUCUGUCCGCGACGUCUAGCACCGUGUCCGCAGCCUCCGACGUCCCCAUCUCAGAACGCAUCCCAAAGAACUUUGAAGACCCUGAAUAA